ACGAGUUAUUCGGUUGGGAGGUUGUUUUAUUAUACAUUUUAACAGUUAUGAGUUCUUUACCUGCUUUAGAAAAAAUCAUUGGUUUUGAAUUUGGUGUAAAAGUAAUUGGGGAUAUGAUUUUAGCUUUUUGGAGGAUUACAAAUUGUAUGUUUGUAACAAAAACGGGUCAUCACAUAAUGAAAAAAGGUGAAAGAUUUGGCACAUUAAUCUUUACAAUAUCAAAUAAACUAUCGAGAUCAUCAGAAUACGAAUUAAUUAGGAAAGAUGUACGGUUUUUAAGGGAAAUGUACAGCGAAUUUAAACCGGAAUUAUCAGCGGCCGCCGUUUUUUCAAUUGAUUAUUCGGUUUAUUACGCUUUAUUCACGUUGAUUAUGUCUUAUUUGGCAAUUUUAAUGCAAUUUAAAUAUCCGAAUAAUUAAUUUUUGUUGGAAUAAAACAAAUUGGAGAUUCCAAAGAUCAUUUUAUUAUCAUUAUUGCAUAUUGCGCGUAGACAGAAAAAAGUUGUCAAAUUAGUUACAAAGAAACGAUCGUUUAAGACACGUAGUUAUUUAAACAAUGAUCGUUUUCUUUUUAUAUUUGUUCGUUAUCGUUAUUAUUAUUAUAAAAAAUACACAAGGUUCGACAUACAAGUCUCCCGCAAUCACAUAUACAAGUAAAUAUACAAAAACAUGCUUAGGAGACAAUCACAUACUUUUGGUAACUUUUCGACACAGUGAUAUGUACUCAAAAAAUUUAUAAAUUAAUUUUUAUUUAUUUUAAUUUACAUAAUUAAUUAUACACUUUUUUUUUUAAUUCCCCCG